AUGAUUCAGGGAAUCGAUGAUCCAGAAUUUCUCAGGCAGAGAAAGUUUCUCAAGCGACUUGCACAUUACGCGCCCCUGGUGAAGCAGAUUGAUUAUCCUGCCCCGUGCCUAUACACCCCCGCCAAGAAACAAAGGUUCUUUGAUCACCACUCCUUGAACGAACUUUAUGUCAACACUGGUGGUCUCCGACCUCUCUUCCCAAACGUCACUGCAGUGGAGCUCCCCUGUUUUAUAGAACGACCGAUGGAGACUGUCUUUUACCCGGCGGUUGUCCUUGGCCAGUCGGUGAAGGCGGUUACACUUCUGUUAGAUGGCACGGACGGCAAUGAGGCCACGGAGGGAGACAAUCUCACUCAAGUCUUGGAUGGUCCGCAGUGGGCGGCAAUCGCAGCUCGCCUUCAACCACUAGCUGCUAACCUCACGAGUUUCUCGGUACGCUCUGGCAGCUUCGAUGUCAAGAGGGGGUAUUUCCGUAUCCCUUCCAUCGAGAAAUUGUGCAACCAUUUCACAUCCUCUCUGGCUCGCUUGAACGUGGACUGUCUGGCCCUCAGUCCUCAAACUCUCCUCGCCCUCACCCAUCUCGACUGUCUGACUGAACUUUCUCUCUCUGUUUGCAACAUCCCUUCCAACUUUACCAUCGACAGCCUUCAUUUUGCCAGGGUAAAAAGCUUGGACCUCGAUGUUAGGUCCUUGCCUGUAUGCCUCGACCUUUUACCCGCCCUUCACCUACCGUCCCUCGAAACCGUUAAUUUCGAGUUCAGCCUCUCGACUUUGCAGACUGUAUCGCUGGAAGAGGUGUUUAAAGCUUUGGCCCACAAUCGUGCGAUACCCCACCUCUGUGAAGUCGAAUGCACAAACGAAUCCCGAUUCGACCAAGGUUUGUUUGAAAUCUCUGGUUCUACGUUCGACUCGCUUCUGGACUUCAAGAAAAUCAAAUCCUUCCACAUACUAGGGUGUUCGAUUCCUGAGCUGGACAAUAUGGACCUUCUACGGAUCUUCUCAUCAUGGCCGGCCCUCGAGGAGUUCUCCCUUCAUCGCGAUCUGGCUAUCGGUUUGGAGAUUUACCGGGGCAAACUCACACUCGAAGGGGUCCAUGCUGCACUGCAGCAUUGCCCUAAGCUCCACUCUCUCGACUUGCCAUGCGAUACCCGACAGCUACCAUCCUUCUACUCCAACACUCCUCCUCACCCAUCUCUCAAACGAUGGCAACUGUACAACUCGCCUAUAACCUCGGGUCGAAAGGUUGGGGAAUUCCUUCGCCGGUGCUAUCCACAAUUGGACGCAACAGGCAUCGAGUAUCUGACGGAGUACGAAUUCCGGCUCUCGGGUGACGAUGAAGAGCUUACGGAUGCAGAUAUCGAAGCCGGUGCAAUGCUUGACCAGUGGAACGAUGUAUCGCUUGUGUUGAGAGGGAAAUUGGUUUGA